AUGGCACAAAGAGCAGUCUAUAUUGUGUAUGCAAUAUCUAUGAUUUUUAACGCGGGCAAAGUUGUGGGUCAAACAACACCAGAGAUCGACAGUCAUAUCAUCACGCUGAUGACAACUGAUGGUGUCAGUAUUACUACUAAAAUGACAAGUCCGGAUAAUCUGCUACAGGAAGAUUUAUCAACUGGUUUUAGAACAUCGCUGUCUCCGGCAUCCACCAUGUCACCACAUGAACAGGAUGUUGAUAACAAACAGUUGAACAUUGUUGGGUUUUUUCCUCUUAGUGGAAACGUUUGGCGCGCCACAGGAGUUUUACCAGCGUGUGAAUUGGCCAUUGAACAUGUGAACGCAAAUGAUGACACACUGUCUGGUUACACACUACGUAUGGAUUAUGGUGACACACAGUGUAACCCUGGAUAUGGAACAAAAGUUCUGUUUGAGUUCAUUAACUCCAAUAUUACUUAUGUGAUGUUGCUUGGUGCGGGGUGUUCAGGAGUCGCACAACCAGUAUCCAUGGGAGCCAACCUAUGGAAUCUUGUCCAGAUGUCUUAUUCAGCAUCGAAUCCAGCUUUAUCGAACACAAUUCGCUAUCCAUCGUUCUACCGAACGUACGCACCAGACUCUUUAUAUAACAACGCUCGUCUGGCCAUGAUAAAAUAUUACGGGUGGAGAAAAGUUGCCACACUCCACGAAAACCAAGAACUCUUUUCUUCGACAAUAAACCACCUCAGCUCACUUCUGAGAGACAACGACAUUGACAUUCUAACGUCAGAAAGUUUUACAGUCGAUGCAUCUGAGCAAGUCAGAAACCUCAAGGAGAAAAAUGCACGAAUAAUUUUUGGUAAUUUUUAUGAAGAUAUGGCCCGCCAAGUUUUCUGUGAAGUGUACAAACAAAAUAUGUAUGGCAAACACUACGCAUGGAUUAUACUUGGCUGGUAUAGUCAUGAUUGGUGGAAGGUGGCUGAUCCAAAUAUUGACUGCACUCCCGAACAGUUGUAUACGGCUCUGGAUGGUUACAUAGCGACUGAAAACAUAGACUUGAGUAUUUAUAGGGACAGGAAAACAGUGUCUGGAUACACCCCGAAUGAGUUUCAGUUGUUAUACGAAGAUGUGUUGAAAGAAAGGAAUAUAUACGAUAGUGUCAAUGCUGGCGCUUCAUAUUGCUACGAUGCUGUGUGGAGUAUAGCAUUGACUCUCAACCAAUCAAUAGAUAUACUACAAAAUGAUGCGAACACCACAAAUCGCCGGUUAGAAGACUUUCACUAUGAAGAUAACAGCAUGAGAAAGGUCUUCAUGGAUGUGUUAGAAAAUCUCAAUUUUGAAGGAGUAUCUGGACCAGUGAGUUUUAACCCAAGUGGAGAUAGAGAAGGCCUGGUAAAUAUUGAACAGUUACAAGAUGGUAAAGAAGUAGUUGUUGGCGUAUACUUUCCACAAGUAGAAAGUCUAGACGAACAGCUACGAUGGGAUAUGGGUGACAAAGCAGUGCAGUGGAAAGGUGGUGAACCUCCAAAAGAUGAAACUGACGUCAUCAUGGAAUAUCAACGUAUACCUAAACUAUACGUCACGAUUUUCUCCUUAUUGACUGGUGUUGGCGUGCUGCUGUCGGGUGGUUUGCUCGUUUUUACCAUUGUUUACUGGAGAAGAACAUGUAUCUAUAAAGCGGCACCAGUGUUCCUCGUGGCGAUGAUUAGUGGCAUUAUACUUUUAUACGUGUCUAUAAUACUGCUUGGAUUGGAUGCUAAUAUAGUUGGACAAAAUCAUCUUUCUCUUGUUUGCACAAUUCGAGCAUGGACGUUAUCUGUUGGUUUCACGUUGUCCUAUGGAAGUAUAUUUUCAAAGGUUUACAGAUGUCACAAGUUAUUUACUACCAAGGUGAACCUAUGGAAACCAGGCCCACAUACUGUGCCCAUACUUAGAUAUCUGAUGGUAUUUCUAAUUCUCGAUCUGGUUACUUUAAUUGUAUGGAGUUGGAAGUUCCCAAUGGAGCUGACCAUUGACAGUCUCACCCCCCUAAUUGAUGAAGAUAAGAAUGUGGAGGUAAUCCCAUUAAUCGAGUAUUGUACUAAAGGUAACUCCAUGUAUUUCAUCGCUGCGUUAAUGAUUUUCCACGGACUGCAAUUACUGCUAGGCGCAUUUCUGUCAUAUGAAACACGUGAUAUAAAGAUACGGACUCUCAAUGAUAUAUUUUUCAAUGGCGUUGCUACCUACGUAAUUGUUACACUCAGUAUCAUAUGCGCCCCAUUGUCUUUCAUUAUUUACAAGCCGGACGUGGCUUAUCUAAUCGUGGCAUCACUUGUGUGGACCGCUUGUACUCUAACGCUUCUCUUCAUCUACAUACCAAAGAUCAUUUAUGUCUGGGGUACUUGCAAGGUACGUCGGAAUUCUAUAAGCAAAACAGAUGAACAGCUAUAUGAGGAAGAAGUCGACGAAGAAACAAAAUUACGUCAUAAACUAGAGGAGGUUGACCAGGAAAUUGAUCUAGUCAAGAAGGAAAUUGAACGUCGCAAGAAAUUUGGUCGCUACGCAACAAUGAGUGGAUGUGGCAUAUGGUGCUUUGGUCGCCAUUUUGGAUGUACUUGUUGCGAUAAAGGUAACUCGUACGAAGUGGACUGUGAACAGACAGAUAAGGAAUUGAGGGGAUAUUUCAACCCAGCACUAGAUGUGUCUACAACCAACAUUCCCGACGAUGUACAGACAGAUUCGGUGCCUUCAACAUCACAAAUAACCCUACCACUGACAGACAAAUUGAUACAUGGAGAAGAGUCCACUAAUGAUGUCACCAAGACAAAAGACGAUACAUCAGAACAUGCAAGAACUGUUGAUAACUCAACAGAGAAGGCAGAUAUUUAA